AUGCAAGUGUCUGCUCUCCUACUCGCGAUCUCCACCCUUGCGCUGGGAGUGUACGCUGCAGAUGAGCUGCUCCCCGUCUCCUUCAAGCCCACCGAUUUUCCAAAGAAGACCGCGCCGUGCAAAGCGCUGAACCGGCACACGAACGAGAUCAAGAAUAUCGAGAUUAAAUAUGUCGAGAUCAAUCCCGAGGCAGAACGGACGCUGUUGAUGGUGCACGGCUGGCCGAGCCUCUGGCACAGCUGGAAGUAUCAGAUCGAGGAGUUCAAGGACGACUAUCACAUCAUCGCUCCGGACCAGCGCGGCUUCGGUUCGUCGACCACACCUGGUGAUGUCGGGAGCUCUGGAACAUGGGGUGACUUGGCCGGGGACUUGGUCUGUAUGCUGGAGCACGCCGGUGUCGAACGCGCUAUAUGCAUGGGACACGACUGGGGUGCACAAGUCUGCUAUGAGGCUGCCCGCAUGAGACCGGACGUCUUCGAGGCCGUCAUCGGCGCCGUCGUUCCUUACAUCCCCUCUGCAUCGGGACAGUUCAUUCCGAUUAGCGUGCUAGACAAAGUGGUUCCGAAGCUAGCUUAUCAAAUCUUCCUCUCGAAUGUGGACGUCGCCGCGAAGCAGCUGAACGCGGACAUCCGCCGGUCACUCCGCGCGACCCUCCGGACCGUCGCGAGCCCUCCGCCCGACACGUUCCUAGCGGAUCCGAACUCGUACAUGGGCGCGUGGGACGGUGUGAAGGAGAUCUCCCCGAUCCCGUUUUUCACGCAGGAGGAAGAGGACUAUUGGGUUGCGCAGUAUAACAUCCAGGAGUUCAAGCCUACAUUGGAGUUCUAUACGAUCGGAGACCGAAAGCUCUCGUGGCAGUUCACGCACGAUCAGGGAAACUACACAAUCUCACAGCCCGCGCUCUCCGUCCUACCUAAUAACGACCCCGUAGCAGAUUGGGUCUCCGCCGCGAAAAUACUGGGAUCCGACAAGUACGUCUCUCAGCUCACCACGAAGACCCUCGAUGGAGCGCAUUGGGUCCAGCUGGAAAAUCUCCGCGAGUUCAAUGCGAUUGUGCGGAACUGGCUGGAUGCUCUGCCUGCCGCGACGGAGAAGAAGGCGGAGAAGGCGGAGCCAGAGGGGGUUGGGCGGGCUGCGGGGGAGCUGUAA